AUGUGGUCAUUCUGGCUGAUCCAGAACAAUUCGUCGAUUCCGCAUCCGGUCCAUCUGCAUGGCCACGACAUCCUCGUCCUCGGCGCCUCGCCCGCGCUCGCCAACCCGCUCGCGCCGGGCAACACGCUCCGGGCGUUCAACCCGGCGACGGACAAGGCCGGGCUGAAGGGGGCGAACCCGACGCGGCGCGACACGACGAUGCUGCCGGCGUGGGGCUGGCUGGUGGUGGCCUUCCUGAGCAACAACCCGGGCGCGUGGGUCUUCCACUGCCACGUGGCGUGGCAUGUGUCGCAGGGCCUGAGCGUGCAGUUCCUCGAGCAGCAGGGCGCCAUCCCCGGCGCGAUGAACCUCAACGACCUCACGGCCAACUGCAACGCCUGGACGGCGUACUACCCCGCGCACGAUCCGUACUGGCAGGACGAUUCGGGCAUUUGA